CGACAUUUCUCAAAAGAUCUACUUGGAUGAUGAAGGUCAAACCCUAAUCUCUAAUAAUAAAAAUCCAAGGUAUCUGAUAUUGAUAUUAUAUUUAAAUAAGCCUGUUUGAAGGCAGUUUUAUACCAUUUUAUCUGUAAGUUACAGCUUUUAGCCGUCUGGUCACUGGAAAGUAGACGGGCUAUGUUAGUGCUCUGUUGUUUAGUAACAGGCGGGGAGAAAAAUCUAGCCAAGUAAACGUUGCAGUUCUGAAUUUCAUUUCAGCGAAUGCAUGUCCGAUUAUACAGUUAAUCUGAUCAAGUUUACAGGUCUUGCCAGGAGAAUAAAUAAUCAAAAGACGAAUUGUUGGUGGUGAUUCAGUAUGGCAGAAGCUCAUCAGGCUGUGGCCUUUCAGUUCACUGUUGGCCCUGAUGGCAUUGACCUACAGCUCAGUCAUGAGGCUCUUCGGCAGGUCUACCUCUCCGGAGUUCACUCCUGGAAGAAGAAAUUUGUUCGCUUUAAGAAUGGGAUUUUGAAUGGGGUUUACCCUGGAAGCGCGCCAGGGUUCAUGCUGGUGUUGGCAGGGUACUUGGGAAGAGCACAUUAUUUAAAAGUGGACCCUUCCUUAGGCCUGCUCGUCAAACUUGGCAAACUUGUCCCAGUCAGUAGGUACAUGUCUACACAAAAGCAGAUGUUAGUUGGGGGUGUCAUGGUGGGCACGGGUCUGUGGAUUGCCAUCAUAUACAGCAUGAGGACUGUCCUGAAGGGUCUGCUGUCCUGGCAUGGGUGGAUGUUUGCUCCCCAUGGCAAAAUCACCUGUCAAAUUCGGAUAUGGCUGAUCCUAGUGAAGAUUUUUUCUGGCAUGCAGACACCAAUGCUAUACAGCUUCCAGAACUCUCUCCCUCAUUUACCUUUGCCAUCUGUGAAGGACACCAUGAGAAGAUAUCUUGAAUCAGUUCGGCCACUGCUGAGCGAUGAGGAACACCAAAGAAUGCAGAGCCUUGCACUUGAUUUUGAGAAGAACCUUGGACCAAAACUUCAGUGGUACCUCAAGCUGAAGUCUUGGUGGGCCACCAAUUAUGUCAGUGACUGGUGGGAAGAAUAUAUCUACUUGAGAGGUCGUGGGCCAAUCAUGGUUAACAGCAACUAUUAUGUAAUGGACUUUCUUUACGCCUUUCCUACACAUCUGCAAGCAGCAAGAGCCGGCAACGUCAUUCAUGCAAUCAUGCUUUACAGUAGGAACCUGGACCGGGCUCAAAUGAAGCCGCUUAUGCUUCAAAACACCAUCCCUAUGUGCUCGUCCCAGUAUGAGCGCAUGUUCAACACCAGUCGCAUCCCAGGCAUAGAAACAGACACAGUUCAGCACAUGUCUGACAGCAGGCAUAUUGUGGUGUAUCACCGAGGCCGUUACUUUAAAGUGGGGAUGUUUUAUGAUGGGCGGUUAUUGUUGCCACGGGAGAUAGAGCAGCAGAUGGAGAGGAUACUGGCUGACACGUCAGAGCCACAGCCUGGAGAGGAAACCCUCGCUGCCCUCACCGCAGGGGACAGAGUGCCUUGGGCGUGUGCCCGUAAUGCCUACCUCAGACAUGGCAAGAACAAGAAGUCUCUGGAUUCUGUGGAGAAGGCCUCUUUCUUUGUUACACUGGAUGACACAGAGCAGCGCUAUGACCCAGCAAACCCUGUGGAGUCCCUUGACCGUUACGCUAAAUCCCUGCUCCAUGGAAAGUGUUAUGACAGGUGGUUUGAUAAGUCCAUAAACUUAAUUGUCUUCAAGAAUGGAACCAUCGGCCUUAAUGCAGAACAUAGCUGGGCUGAUGCUCCUGUUGUUGGCCACCUCUGGGAGCAAGUGCUCUCGAUGGACCCUGUUAAGCUGGGCUACACAGCAGAUGGCCACUGUAAAGGAGAACCUCACCAUAAUCUUCCUGGACCUCAAAGACUUCAGUGGAAUAUCCCACCUGAGUGCCAAACUAUGAUUGCCAACUCUUUGUCUGUGGCCGUGGCUUUGGCUGAUGAUGUGGACUCUCACAUCAUCCCCUUCAGUGACUUUGGGAAAGGCCUGAUCAAGAAGUGCAAGAUCAGUCCUGAUGCCUUCAUCCAGCUUGCAUUGCAGCUGGCCCAUUAUAGGGACAAAGGAAAGUUUUGCCUGACUUAUGAGGCAUCCAUGACACGUUUAUUCAGAGAAGGCCGUACAGAAACGGUGCGCUCCUGCACCAUGGAAUCCUGUGCUUUUGUCCGUGCCAUGAUCAGCAACAAAACGAGAGAAGAGAGACUUCGUUUACUAACCCAGGCCGCUGAGAAACACCAGCAGAUGUAUAGGCUGGCAAUGACUGGACAGGGCAUUGACCGCCAUCUCUUUUGCCUCUACGUAGUGUCUAAGUACCUUGGACAGGGCUCCCCAUUCCUCCAAGAGGUGUUGUCAGAGCCUUGGAAACUCUCCACUAGUCAGACUCCUUUACAGCAGGGGGAGCUGUUUGAUCUGGUGAAUCACCCAGAGUAUGUGACCAGUGGAGGAGGAUUUGGACCGGUUGCAGAUGACGGUUAUGGUGUGGCCUAUGUGAUUAUCGGCGAAAAACUCAUCAAUUUUCACAUCUCUUCCAAGCGUUCUAGUCCAGAGACGGACUCUCAUCGCUUUGGAAACAAUAUCAGGCAAGCAAUGCUUGCUAUGCUGGAUCUGUUUCAGCUUGACAAAAAGGACCUAAAGUGAUUUGAUUGGUGAAAGGAUUAUGCUUUUAAUGACUCAUGUCACCUUAAUUAUAUAUCAGCAGUGUUGAGAGACGCUUUUUUCUUUGCAUGUGUCUGUAAGAUGCAGCGUAUGAAGGAGAGAAGUAGGCAGGGAGUGUGAGAAUCUCAUUCUGUUGUUAUUUGUGCUGGUGCCUUAACAUAUGUCUUAACUGCAUUUCAUUACCAAGACUACUUUCACUUUCAGCUUUCAGUAUAAUUUACUGAGAUGUACAGUUUCAUAGAUAUUUCAACAGAUGACAUUCUCUUGAUAAGAUAUCAAGGAGCAUAAUAAUCACUUGGCUGAAAUAUUGAGUCACAAAUCAAGCAGUACACAGUUCUCCAUUUGUGCUUUCAGUUUGCAUUCUGAUAUUUGCAGUUUUUCAAAUUAAGACUUAAGUUAUGAAGGAAAUGAGAUUAUGCAGAUGAUAAGUUUCUGAAUAUCCCAAGUGUGCCGUCUUUUAUUAUGGAUUUUGCACACAUUUUGCUCUCAACCUGAUUUAAUGGGUUGGUAUCGUGUUGAUUCAACAUUGAAAGGUCACUACGUUUUAAUGUGGGAUGUUUUAACGCUUAUCAGAGGCUUUAUCACAUUAAUUGUAAUUUAUUUUUAUUUGAUUUAAUUUAAUUUCCUUCCAUCAUAUUUUAUGUUUUGAUUUGAGUGUUAUAUACUGUAAUCAUUUUGGAAAUCAUUGUCAAAAAAUGAUUCAGGUUCUGGGGAAAAAAUCGAAUGUAUUCUGAACUCAAUUAUUUAUUUUAUACACCACAAUGUUAAUGAGUAAUUAAUGAGUGUCCUCUCAAAGUACAUGUACAUUUAUUUGGAAAUUCAGAAUAAGCAUUAAACAUACCGUAAACAUAUUAAUAAUGUGAAUAACGGAAGCUGUUUUUUCUCAGUUAUUCAUGUCUGGUCUAAUAAAAUAGUGUUGACUUUUUUUUUAAGAUAAA